UGUGUGUCAGCUGUUCUGUGCAGGCAACCCAGGUUUCAUCAGCUGUAGAUUACUUCAUUUGACCACAGAAGGAUCCCCUGAAUGAUUGCAUAGUAUUGGAGAUUUUAUCCUAUAAAUAUUGGAAUAUUUAUAUGAAUAGUAAAACUUUUCCCAUUCUAUUUUUAUUAAAGGAAAACCACUGCAGAAGAAUAAAAAUCCUGGGGGACUGUUACUACUGUGUGUCAGGACUGACCCAGCCCAAAACAGAUCACGCCCAUUGCUGUGUUGAAAUGGGACUGGAUAUGAUUGACACCAUCACGUCUGUUGCAGAAGCCACGGAGGUGGAUCUCAACAUGCGAGUUGGGUUGCACACAGGCAGGGUGCUCUGUGGGGUCCUGGGUCUCCGAAAAUGGCAAUACGAUGUCUGGUCAAAUGACGUGACUUUAGCCAAUGUCAUGGAAGCUGGAGGACUGCCUGGGAAAGUUCACAUUACAAAGACCACCUUAGAGUGCCUAAACGGGGACUACGAGGUAGAGCCAGGGUAUGGGCAUGAAAGGAAUAGUUUCCUGAAGAAGCAUAAUAUUGAAACAUAUUUUAUUGUGCCAUCCCAUCGUAGGAAG